CGCACCUCCCACAAAUAUGCGAGCGACUCCUGGGCGACUGGUGUGAGUUUCCAAGUGGCUUUCGGCGUUUUGGAGUUCUGUGGUGUGCACGGCAAGCCGAGACUCAAGGAGGACGUACCACGGCAUCUUGGACCAACACGAGUCCUGACAGCUUGGAGCCCGGGAAGUGUGGGAUGGCUAUCACGUUUCCCCCCUCACCUCGGUUACGGUCCCGCAAGGCGCGUUCUCCGACUAUAUCAUCAUAGAUCCCUGCAUGGAAACGGGUGGUCGACUUCAAGAUGGGUGGCAUGUCAUGGCUCAAACAUGGCCUUUGUGUCCUCCUUGUCAGUGAGCAUACAGCAUUUGCCCUGGAUGCCCUGGACUUGAAAGCCAAGGCGAUCCCGAGGCAAUGGUGUACUCUUAGCCCGAUGCUUGCCUCCGUGUGGAUUGGUCCAAUCCUGACCAUGACUGUGAUCCAUGCCAGUGGAGCUUCGUUUCAAAUCAGUCCCAAUAACUCGGUAGCUCGUCGUUUACGCACUCGCUUCCAGAUGUGAGGCUGUCGCUCCCAA